GUGGAUCGACGUACAAAAUCGUAUAUAAAGCAGACGGUCGUCAUUGGACUUUACACUCAUUCAACGUUCUUUUAGCACACACAACAACCCAAAAAAAAACUUAUUUAUUCAACAUCAUGGCAUUCCAAACCGUCGCCGUCUUCGCCUGCGUGCUCGCCACCGCACUCGCCGUCCCAGCCUACCCGGCUCCGGCUGCUUACCCAGCACCCGCCGCCGCCUACCCAGCACCCGCUUACUCCGCACCCAAGUCUUACGCCCCGGAACCCGCCUACGCCCCAGCCCCGUACAACUUCGAAUACAGCGUGCACGAUGACGCCACAUACGACAUCAAGAGCCAAUCCGAAUACAGCGACGGCAACGGAUACGUCAAGGGAUCCUACAGCCUUGUCGAACCCGAUGGCACCAAGAGAAUCGUCGAAUACACCGCCGACGACUACAACGGUUUCGUCGCCGAAGUGAAGAAAGAAGGCACACCCUCUUACAGCUCCGCCCCGGCCUACAAGCCCGCAUACAAGGCCCCAGCUUACCCAGCUGCCCCAGCCUACCCAUCGGCCCCAGCUUACCCAGCAGCCGCCCCAGCCUACAAGCCAGCUUACUCCGCUCCAGCUUACUCCGCCCCGGCUUACACCACACCAUCUUACCCAGCUGCCCCAGCCUACCCAGCUGCCCCAGCCUACAAGCAAUCGUACGCUGCCCCAGCAUACAAACAAUACUAAUUUUUAAUUUAUUCUAGAAACAAAUAAUUUAUUGUAUUUUUGUGUAAAUAAAAUUUCAAAUUGUCAAA